UCAUGCGUUUAAAAAAAAAAAGAAGUACUCUGUCGCAACAUUGAAUAUGGGUUACAAGAACGAGUGGUUAGUGAGCUCUGCUCAUCUCAUAGCAUGGCAAAUAUAAAACCCAAUGAAAUGUAAACAAAGCUCGCCAGUCUAUCCAAAUUACCGCGGCAAACUACAACAUGAAGAAGUUUCUUGUAAUACUAGUGUUCAUUGUGGUUGCUAAUGCCAUAGACCUUGAAUAUCUUCGUUCUAAUUUUGAAGAAAACAGCGGCAUAAAACCCCAUCCAGAAUUCAAUAACAGAGAGGAAAAACACGAGAAGCACGAAAGACUUAAAGAAACAGAACGUUAUGCCAGAUAUAUCUUGGAAAUGUUGGACAAAUAUGCAAAACAAAAAUCAGAGGCAUCAAAUGAGGAACUUCAGAAGCUCUCCCAAGUUAAACGCCAAGUCAGAGAUGUAGCACACUUGCCUGAGGUUCAGGCGGGUGAGGAGACUAAUGCAAUGAAAAGGAAUGAAACUGCACAAGAAAUGACAUGUCCUGCAAUGUUUUUAGAACCACAUGGCAAACGAGCUGCCAGAGAUUUACUGCAUAUGCUAAAGGACAUGAAUGAUAAGCAAAUUGAGGAUAAUAUUCAUCGUUCCACUCGCAGUGUUGCUCAUUUGGCUCAAAGGGCCACCAAUCUUUCUCUGUUGCAGGGCAUUAUCCAUUGCCUUGAAGAACUAACAGAUGAAGAAGAAGCAAAUGCCAUGGCUCCUAGUGUCCAUCAUACACCACAAGAAGUUGCCGAAGAUAUCAUAGAACAUGUUGGCUCACAUGAUCAUUUGGAGCGUGAUCCCAAUGAUCAUACUCUCAAGUGGAAGGCCGAAAGAGCCGAUAAACAAGGUGAGUGUGAAAAGAAUAAGGAAAAAGCCGGCGUGCCACCAGUUGAAACAAAGAGUGAGGAGCGAGAUGAAAACAAUUUAAUGGGCGAGACUACAUUACCCCCAACGGAGGAAAUUGGGACCACCCAAGCACCACAGGAAGUUGCACGUCUUGUAAGACAAAUAGACCAUAUGCUUGAAAUGCCACAUAUUGUUCUGAAAAAACCUAACGAUCAACUGGAAACACCGCACCAUAUAAAACUUAAAGAAUUUUCUGAAAGUUCUGGACCACGCAGGCGUAGGGAUGUUGUUCAUGUGAUAAAGUCUAAAGAAGCCAGUGCUAAAGAACGUCCAAAUGUUCCUAACAUGCCAGAUUCUACAAACUCCGGCAAAGAAAAGCGUAGAGAAGUCACCAAAAGACAGAUCAGUUCAGAAGAAUCUUCGACAGUUUCCACUGCUAGUCCACAAACUGAUGCUAACACCUCAACUUCAUCUUCUACCGAGGCAAAUGAAUCACCCAAACCUACUGCAAAGGCUCGUCUUCCCUUAACAGCAUUUGCCGUCAAACGCAAUACUGUAUUGAAGAACAAAAAGAAACCUUCAGAAGAAGUUGUUGCACAAACUCCAAAAGUAUCAAAAAAAAGAAUUUAAGUUAGUAUUAAGUAAGUUAUCUUAUAACCAGCCGAGAGGU